CACCGACGGUCACGUCGAGACGACGAAUUUGUUCGUUUUACGUGGAAACGCAUUCGAUCGGUCGACGAAGACCCGAGAAUACUCGAUAGAUCGGCGGAAACGAGCAGCGUCGAGUAGUCGACGAGAAGGCGAUAAGAAGGAGGCGGGGUUACUGUACAACCGAAAGGGACGAAUGUCCAUGAGAAAAGAAUAAGAAGACGAAACGCGAUCGGUCCACGGCUUACGAAAAGCAACGAGAGCGCGUGCCGUGCCAGUUACGUGGUAGUACCGACGUGUGUAGCGGCGCGUAUGCAUGUGAACGUGCACGGUGGACGUUCAGUGUGAAGUGAGUAACGCGUCGUCGCGCGCGAGGGAUGAGGCUGGCGAGCGAGCGAGCCAGUAUUGCCGCGGUGUGAAGGGCGGUCGGGCCGAUGUAGUACGAAAGUGAGCGAACUACCGAUCUCUCAGCUGUGCGUCCUUUCUCAAGUACGUGAUAUAAUAACAAACGACGUGUGCCACGCGACAGUCCGAAUUACGUGUUCCGCGUCGCGCGAACUAAUCCUCCUUCCUUCCACUAUUCCACUUACGUCACCUCGCAUGUCCGUUGAGAGAUUUUCGAUCGCCAUAUCUGCUUUAACAUGGCCGAAACACGCACGUUCACGUAACGGGCAGUAACGGGUGUGUGAGUAAUUCGAUCGGUGAUUUAUCGUGUUUCGCGAGUAUGUGGUGAUAAAUUGAUGAUCGAGGAGAGGCCCGAGGAAUUAAAGCGGAAAAUGCGCACCACGACAACACCGAGAACCGUCAAGCAACUCCGGAGGAACGUAGGUCGCGAUGUUCCCCUGAAUUACAGGAACCGACUGAUGUCUGAGUUCCCAGUAGAGGGCGAGAACGGGGACAUGCAGACCGUCAUGGAGAAUUUCCAGAAGAAGAACAACCUGGUGACCGGCAGGGCACAUGUCAGCCAUCAUCCGCAGGUCACUACGUCGUCGCAGAUGCUGACGACGAACCAGAGCCAGAGCAGCAGUAGCACCAGCACCAGCAGCAGCAGCUCAAGCAGGGUGGCCAAGUCCUCGCAGAGGAUCCUCACAUCGUCCUCAUCGAGUGAGAUGAAAGCGAGCUCGAUGAAGAGCGACCUGACGGAACUCAAGCGCGGCAUCUCGGAGAUGAAGAACAUAUCCACCAACUUCUCGCAGCGAUUGCGCAACAGCAUGGAGAACCUCGUAGACAGAGACGGCAACGGACCGGAGGAGACCGAUCUGACGGAACCGCUGGUGACGUUUCCAGAUCCAGACACGCCGCCGCCCGUAAGCGACGCUGUCGCGUUGGCAGGCGGUUCCCCGUCACAAUUGGGCACGCUGAAUUCUCUGAACAAUCUUCACGGCAUGAGCCCGCCGAUCAGCAUGUCGAACAUAUCGAACAUGGCGAAUUUACCCGCCGGUCAAGAAACCAUGAAGUUCGAGCAGAAGAAGAUGACCAGCGCUUCUAAGACGAAGGUGGUCACGGAUGGAUUCAGCGCCGAGAAGGCGACAGCGAACAGUGCCGAGAUGAGGGCCCUCCAAGCCGGCGAUGUGUCAUACAAAGAGCAGAGCGCCGCGACAGCGGCGAGGGCGCGCGUCGAGCUCGACGGCGUCUCCGCGGAGAAGAGCGUCGCUUCCGCGAGGGAGCAGAGAAGCCUGAAAGCUGGCGACCUGUCGCAUCAGGAGAGCAACAACGUGGCAGCGUCCACCAUGAAGCUUCAGAGCGAUUCGUUCAGCUCGGAGAAGAAAGCGAUGGCGGCGCAACAACAACGGCAGACGGUCACGUCGACCGGCAUCUUCAACCACGAGAAGCACAUAGCCGCCAGCUCUCAGUCGAGCAUCACGAUUGCGUCCAAGGGCGUCACCUCGAAAUCGUCGAUGAUCAGCGCGGCGAGCGCGGUGAACCAGCUGAUGAACGGCAUACGACCGGCGGAGGACGAGUUGCUGUCGUUGCCGUUGGACGACCUCGACCUGCUCUGCUCGAAAUCGAAUGCGCAGGACGUCGACCGCGCGAUCGCCAAGUACUGCGGCUUCCUCGACAGCUUCGUGGAGAGGCUGAAGGCGAACGACGGUAGGAACGGCAAGGCGCCGCUCUUGCUGAACAGAGUGAACGAGAUCAUCAGGAAGGCGUGGGCGGUGCCGACGCACGGCCACGAGCUCGGUUAUACCCUGUGCAACACCCUGAGAACCCGCGGCGGCCUCGAUCUUCUCAUGUCCAACUGCGUGGCGAACGACCACGAACUGCAGUUCUCGUCGGCGAGGCUGCUGGAGCAAUGCCUCACGACGGAAAAUCGCGCCCACGUGGUGGAGAACGGCCUGGAGAAGGUGGUGAACGUGGCGUGCGUGUGCACGAAGAACGCGAACUCGGUGGACCAUUCGCGCGUCGGCACCGGCAUCCUCGAGCACCUGUUCAAGCACAGCGAGGGCACAUGCAGCGACGUAAUCCGACUGGGCGGACUCGACGCGGUGCUGUUCGAGUGCCGGAAGAACGACGUGGAGACGCUGCGACACUGCGCGGGCGCCCUGGCGAAUCUGUCGUUGUACGGCGGCGCCGAGAACCAGGAAGCGAUGAUCAAGCGGAAGGUGCCGAUGUGGCUGUUCCCGCUCGCCUUCCACAACGACGACAACAUCAAGUACUACGCCUGCCUGGCGAUCGCCGUGCUGGUCGCCAACAAGGAGAUCGAGGCGGCUGUGCUCAAGUCCGGCACCCUCGACCUCGUCGAGCCUUUCGUCACGUCGCACAAUCCUUACGAGUUCGCCAAGUCGAACCUCGCUCACGCUCACGGCCAGAGCAAGAACUGGCUGGAGCGAUUGGUGCCGGUGUUGAGCUCGAAGCGAGAGGAAGCGAGAAACCUAGCAGCCUUCCACUUCUGCAUGGAGGCCGGCAUCAAGCAGAGGCAGGGUAACACCGAGAUCUUCAGGGCGAUCGGCGCGAUCGAGCCCUUGAAGAAAGUCGCCAGCUGUCCCAACGCCAUCGCCUCAAAGUACGCGGCGCAGGCUCUGAGGUUGAUCGGCGAAGAAAUCCCUCACAAGCUCAGCCAGCAAGUGCCUCUCUGGUCCACCGAGGACGUCCGAGAGUGGGUGAAGCAAAUCGGCUUCGCCGAAUGCGCGACCAACUUCGUGGAGAGCCGAGUGGACGGCGACCUGCUGUUGCAGCUGACCGAGGAGAACCUACGCGAGGAUAUCGGCCUGACGAACGGCAUAAUGCGCCGGCGAUUCGCCCGUGAGCUGCAGAACCUGAAGAAGAUGGCCGACUACAGCAGCCGCGACACCGGCAAUCUCAACAGCUUCCUACAGUCGAUCGGUCAGGAGUUCUCCAUCUACACGUACGGCAUGCUGAACGCCGGCGUGGACAAGGAAUCGAUACGCAACCUCUCCGAGGAUCAGCUACUGGCCGAGUGCGGCAUCACCAAUAGCAUACACCGUCUCAGGAUACUGAACGCCAUCAAGAAUAUGCAGCACAAUCAGUUCAGCUCGUGCGAAUACGAGUCUCCCGACAAGUGCCUCGACGUGUUCGUCAGCUAUCGCAGGUCCAACGGUUCGCAGCUCGCGAGCUUGCUGAAGGUGCACCUGCAGCUGCGCGGUUUCUCCGUGUUUAUCGACGUGGAGCGACUCGAGGCCGGCAAAUUCGACAAUAACUUAUUGCACAGCAUCAAGCAGGCGAAGCAUUUCCUGCUUGUGCUCACGCCUCAGGCCCUGGAGAGGUGUAUACAAGACAGCGAGUGCAAGGACUGGGUUCACAGAGAAAUCGUUGCCGCGUUGCAAUCGGACUGCAACAUAAUCCCGAUCAUCGAUCAGUGCUUCCAAUGGCCGGAGCCCGAGGAACUUCCCGAGGAUAUGCGAGCGGUCUGCCACUUUAACGGAGUCCGUUGGAUUCACGACUAUCAAGACGCCUGCGUAGACAAAUUGGAAAGGUUUAUGCGAGGCGAAAUACCAAUGAGAUCUGACCUGUCCGGCGGGAUCCCGCGCAGCAUGGCGCCCAAGGAUGUGACUACGCCGAGCACACCGGGCAACACGAACAUACGGCAGCCGCCCAGCUACCAGCGGAUGCACAGCAACGAGAGCAGGAGCAGCGACAAGGAUUCCACGGCCAAGAUUGCGAAUCGCGCUAAGACAAUCGCGACUAGGCUUAGAAAGUCGUCGAGUCCGUUCCGUUGGUUGAUGGGCCUGCCGCCCGCGUCCCCUCGCUUCAAGUUCGUGCACACGCAUCCUGGUGACGGCAGCGGCAGUCCAGCGGUGCCUCGCAGACCGCCACGGCAGCAACCACCUCCGCCAUCCGCGCGUUCUCGCUCGCUGGAACUGCUGGACCAGGACGAGGAGGAAGAGCGGAAAUCCGUGGCCUCCGCGACGAUCGUGCAAGCGCGACCGCCGCUCCCCAGGCCGAGAUCGCGCAGUCUGGACGGUCUGCUGGACGAGGACGCGAAGAGCAGCGGCGGCGGGUCCUGCGAUCGGCUUGAGUCCUGCGAGCAGGACAGGCAGAAGAGCCAUUUAACGCGUGACCAAGAAGCCGCCGUUGAGACUGCUGAGUCUGAGGAAAAUCCCGUGCCGGUUCCCAGGACGAAACCAAAGCUCGCCGAGUGCAAGUCCGAGACGGAGGAUACGCGAACGUCUUCGAACGAUAAGGACGAGAGCGAGAAGGAGGGAACUCAGCCGACGCGCCCUCCGAAGCCGAAUCGACGUUCUUCCAGUUUGGAAGGAUCAUCAUCGACGACAUCCGGCAAGCAAUGCGUCGAGCAAGAGCGGCAUGCGAUGGAAGAGGGAACGACACGGAAGAAGCUGGUGAGGAGUAACGACGAGGACGAAGACAACGACGAUAACGACGACGACGGCGACCACGAUGACAGGUCGACGAUGCUGAAGACGAGGAGCUGUGGUGCGGGACUGGACUCUGACGGGAGCGUCUCGUCGAGUGAGUACGGCGGCGGCAGGUCCGCGGGUCCGAAGAAGGGCCCGGGCUCGCUGUUGUCGCUGCCGGCGGGCGCGGAACCCAAGCGCAAACGGAACUUCAUGGACAAGUGUGUGAACAAGGUGCGGUCGUUUAUGAGGAAGUGAAGAGGAGGCGACCGAACGGCGUAAAAGUGAAGAAAAAGACUCGUUGUUUAAACUUCGCGAGCCGAAUUUUGAUCCGAGUGUCCGCGAGCCCGAACAACGACAAAGUCCAAAGAGCGUUUUCAUAGAAGUUCAAAGACCGACCGUGGAAAAUUGCUAUUGCUCUAGACACCCGAUACCAUCCGUCCGAGAAUGAUUCGAAAUGAAUUUGAGGGAUUGAGAAAUAUUUAGGCAGUUUUUUCUCAUUAUUUUCCAGCUAUAUGAAAAGCGUACGUGAAGAAAGUCGGAAAGAAAUCCGUUGUUCGGGAGUCUUCGGGUCGCCGAAAACGAUGCCUGAAUCUCGCGGCAUUACACACAAGUAACUUUAUGUAUUUAAUUUAUCUGAAAUUUCGCGUGGACCUCGCGGUCCAUCUCUCGUGUACAAUGACAGGCAGCAUGAAAGUAUAGUCACAAAUGUUGCGCCUUAAACGUGACAAGUGUCUUCGUAGAAGCCUCAAGAGAUUCGUCUCUCAAGCGGAUUAGCCUGCUUUUCCAGGUGCCUUUUGUAUUUUCUCGUUGAAUUGUACUUGCAUAUACGCAUAUAUGCAUGAUUCAUAAACGAAUUAUAUAUAUAUAUAUAUAUAUAUAUAUACGAACGAAUCAAACGUGUAGCUAAGGCGGCUAGAGAUCGUUAUUUGUAAUACUAUUUUUCUAGGCAGUUCUUUCCUCCUUAGACCGCGUCUAAAGGUGUGUGACUCGCGUCACGAAUCAUGGUUGUUCUUAUCGCAGCUAACACCGGGAACAAUUUACACCGCGCACUAGGUGUUCGGUAGAAUGUGCGUGCAUUCGACGAACAGGACGAUGUUCUUUGCCAAAAGAUCGGAAGUUUUUUCCUCCGUUGAUAUUUAUGCCCGUUUCUAUCAUUAUGGUUGAAAUCUAAUCGACGAUUAACUUUAUUAAUUGACCAGUUACUUUGAUAUCAGUUCAGCCAAUUGGCCAAUGCGACUGGUCAAUUCGUUUAAGUUAAUCAUCGAUUAGAUUUAAACCGUCAUGAUAGAAACGGGCAUUAGUCGGUCGAAGGAUCUUUUUUGGUACUUCAAAACUUUUCCAGGUUAUAUGUAAAAUUGCUGCUUCCCCUAAUCAAUCGCGGAAAAUCAUGUCUUGACCGUCUAUCAAGGAAAAACUGUUCCGGUUAUUCGACGAGUGCGCUCGAAUUAUCAAACACUCGGUGCGUAACCGCGACCGUUACUCCCCCCCCGUCUCUUUCUCGCGGGUUGCGGUAUUUUAUUAUUUAACACUGUUUUUUUUAUCGUAUCCAUUCGUCGGUACGCUCCACGAGAUAAUACUCUCGUCGAGGGUUCGAAAGCGGCGAACGCUUCGAUAUUCGUAGUUUAAGAAGUACCGCCCAAUUAUCUCGCAAAACUUGUAUAUUUUACCAAAGUUUCGUAAAAUGAAGUUACGAAUUUUAUCGAGAUGUUUGAAUGUUUCCCUGAAAUAAAUUUUAUUUAGCGAAA